CUUCUACGAUUACCAGUGAGCCUGCCACUACAAAUGAACUAACUUCAGCAGUCACGGACGGGCAAAUAUCUUCCACUACCGUUGGACUCUCAUCUACCCAGGGAACUGAAAGUACAACUGCAGAGCCAACUGACUCCACAACUGCAGCGGGAACGACCCUUGAAGAUCACACAACAACGUUAGAAAUGUCAACAAUACCAGCUGAAACAACGACCAUUAUUACACAAGGACCAUCAACUAGCCCAACAAUAGAAGCAAUAACCACAACACAGUCUCCAACUCCCACAUCUACCACACCCUUUCUAACUACUCAAACUACAUUCCCUUUCACAACCACACCCAACACACCAUCAACUACCCCACCUACCACACCUUCUACAACCACCCUAAUUACAUCAACUACCGCACCUACAACUACAUCAACUACACCUACCACACCUUCUCAAACUACCUUAACUACAUCAACUACACAUUCUACUACACCUAUCCCACCUGCCCCUUCUACUACACCUAUCCCAACUACCCCUUCUACUACCCCUUCUACUACACCUAACCUAACUACAACACCUACCCCAACUCUCCCUUAUACUACACCUAUCCCAACUACCCCUUCUACUACCCCUUCUACAACACCUACCCCAACUAUCCCAACUACCCCUUCUACUACCCCUUCUACUACACCUAACCUAACUACAACACCUACCCCAACUACCCCUUAUACUACACCUAUCCCAACUACCCCUUCUACUACACCUAACCUAACUACAACACCUACCCCAACUACCCCUUAUACUAUACCUAUCCCAACUACCCCUUCUAAUACACCUACCCAUUCUACUACACCUACCCCAACUAUCCCUUAUACUACACCUAUCCCAACUACCCCUUCUAAUACACCUACCCCUUCUACUACACCUACUUCAACUACCCCAACUAACCCUUCUACUGCAUCCAGUCCAACUUCUACAACUGCAUCUGCUUCAUUGACGUCAACUUCACUCUCAACAACUGAACCUCCGAUAAUUGUGACUGUGGACACUAUUGAAGUAUCAACAGAUGUCACUGUUAGACUCAACAAAACAUUUAAAGAAGAAUACAGUCACCCGUCAACACAGGAAUACCAAGAUUUCACAAAAAAUUUCACCAACGAUAUGACCUUACUGUACAACCGCACUAUUAACAAUUUUAUCGGCAUAGUAAUAAUAGGACUCAGGAAUGGCAGUGUCGUGGUGGACCACGUGGUUCUACUGCGCAUAGAGAAUGGGAAGAACCUAAGUAAUGAGAUUGCUGAGUCAGAAAAACAAAUCAAGGACAUUCUCAAUGCGGCCAAAAACUGCACCACAGGCCAAGUAGGCUGUAUUGGGGUGGACAUAAUUGGAGAUGUCAUAGUAAAAAAUUCCACAUUUGAUAAGGAAUCGGUAUGCGACACGGCCAAACUAGAUAAGGACUUGAGGAUAUACUACCAUGCAGCACAAAUAGAUGGGCGACUGGUCUGUGUCUCUCCCUGUGCCCCCGGACACAACAGGGAAAAGAACUGCUACACCGGCACCUGUAGUAUGUCAAGGGACGGUCCGGUCUGCAGAUGUAAUCAGGACUACUGGUACCUAGACUCUGAUUGCUUCGGUCCUAUCCUGAAGAGGGACCUCUUUGCCGCGCUACUGACCCUGGCAGGACUGGCGAUAGCAGCCGUGGGGGUCAUGGUGGUCUAUGUGCCCUGGCAUAGACGACAAUUACAUAGGGUGAAAGAUAUCCAUACUGGACAAGUUAACCAGUGGCUGGAGGAAGACUUUGAAUGGCCCAACAGGCCAAAUAUAGGUGGCCACUUGGUUGGUUCAAGUAGUACCACAGUCCUAACAGAGAAUGAGCCUAACCCACCUUAUGGGGGCCGAGUGGGCUUGCAGUACGACGCAGAGGGAGAUUCCCUGUCAUCCUCCAGUACAAGGCUGCCGUCUCCCUACCAUGGAACACAGGCACAGGUGUCCAGGAGGCCUGAGAUCAUCUGCCAUGACUACAGUUCCUGGGGUGCUGAUAGGGACGCCAUUCAAGUCAUACAGACUACUGCCACCUCGUCAGGGCAGCAUUUUACAUUGAGUGACCCUGGCAGCCAAUCAGAGCUUAGGAUCAGCAUGCCGGGGAUACGGACUUACUCUGAGAUCUAGUGGGACAUCCUCAACUCUUAAAAACAGAACUGGACAAAGAACAGGAAAGAAAGAAAAAGGAUCUCUUAACGGACAGUCUCCUCUUUGGGAGCGAAGCCUGAAUAACGGUUGUGGGACAAUGCUUUAUUAACACUGCACAGGAUUGUCCAACGAAGUAUGGAGUCACUGAUACAGGAGGAUGUGAAACCCAACCUCAGCUUCAUUAAUGGAAUAAUCUGCUCUCAAAUCAAUCAACCUAUCAGGAUAUCAGGAAACAACAUGUU